GACAUAUCAAUAUCCUUAACACGCUUAGAAUCCACGUCUUUUCUUCACCAUUUCCCACCUUUUCUUUUCUAUAUAUCUUCAAAUCUCUUCCUUCUUCACUUCAAGCUUGAAUUCCACAUUGCUCACAAAAUCGAUGUCGUUUGAAGACGAAGAGGAAUCGUUGGAGCACACGCUCUUAGUAGUGCGUGAAGUAAAUGUAUACAAAAUCCCUCCACGUCCGACAAGCGGCGGGUACAAAUGCGGCGAGUGGCUUCAAUCCGAUAAGAUCUGGUCGGGUCGACUCAGGGUCGUAUCCUGUAAAGACAGGUGUGAGAUCCGAUUAGAGGAUCCGAAUUCCGGCGAGCUGUUCGCCGCUUGUUUCGUGCCGCCGGGCCAGAGAGAAAAUUCGGUGGAAUCGGUGCUCGAUUCGUCGAGGUACUUCGUGUUGAAGAUCGAGGACGGCAGGGGGAAGCACGCGUUCGUAGGGUUAGGGUUUGGGGAAAGGAAUGAGGCGUUUGAUUUCAAUGUGGCGUUGUCGGAUCAUGAGAAGUACGUGAAGAGAGAGAGCGAGAAGUAUGAUGGUGAUGAUGAAGCUAGUGGUGAUGGACAUAUUGAUAUUCAUCCUGCUGUUAAUCAUCGAUUAAAGGAAGGUGAAACUAUCCGGAUAAAUGUGAAGAACAAACCAUCUAGUGGAACGGGCAUGCUUUCUGCCGCUGGUCAAUCCAAGACCAUUGCCAUUGCGCCACCCCCUAGUGGAGCUAACAAGAUCAGGUGUCCUCUUCCACCCCCGCCAAAUGAUCUGGCUAUUUCGCAGAAGACUUCUAGCACUCCCCGUAUUGCACUCAAGGGGCCAAAGGAAAGCUCAAGGCAAUCCAUUGAUCCAUUAUCCAAUCUCUCUCAACUUCAGAGGAGCCUUCCUUCAGCUGCCGGAUCUGGACUGAAUAAAACCACAGCAGCUGGAUGGGCAGCAUUUUGAGAUUUUAAGCGUAUGUUUAAUAUGGCUGAGAUAGUGAGAUAUAUGCUUGUUGUUAUACUAGGGUAGAAAACUAUGUAUCCAAACUAAAAGGGUAGAUUGGUGCACUAAGCUUUCGGUAUGCACGGGAUUCAGGGAAGGGCUGAACCACAUUUGGUCUACUGUACAAACCUUACCUUGCAUUUUUGCUAGAGGUUAUUUCCACAGCUUGAACCCAUGGCCUCGUGGUCACAUGACGACAACUCUUAACUGUUGCGCCAAGCCUUCCUUGUUAAGAGAAUGAAAGAAAAAUUUCAUGUUA